GUAAUCAUUAAUAUCAAAUCUGCAUUCGAGGAAAUGGUGUGGCAAUAUACUCGCAUCCAUCAUUAACUUUCUGGUCAGUCUGAAAAACUGAGCGUUUGGAACUUCAGGAUGGUGGGAAAAUGUCGGCAUAUUAAGUACAAGGAAGAGCAGGACGCGAUUAAGCCUCAGCGAAGUCUAUCAUUUUUCCUCAUUUCUUGUUGUUUAAAAUGAUUUGCAACUCGAAAGAAUUCUGUGACGAUACUGUUUGAUGACAUUUUUUCCCGAAAUGACAAUUCUGUUCUCGAAAUUAUUGAUGAUUAUCGACAAGUUAAGUCGAAAGGACCGAGCCACCUGAACGAUAUUUAUUCCGAUAUUCUCUUCAAAAUUCAAACGGCACAUUUACGACACGGCAAUUGCGAAAAAGAGGUUUCUAUACUAGACUGUAGUACUUCUGCAGCAUUUUUAACCACUUUUUAGAUUCAUGGAAGAAGUAUCAUAUUUGAACCAAAGUUUGAGCUAUCGUUCCUCGUGAUCAUGAACAGAGGGAAUAUGCUUUUGCUUCGCAACAUCCACAAUUUCUUCAGUUUGACUAUUUAUUUUGCGGCGGUAUUCGAUCUCUCUCAUGGAAUCGAAGUCCACACCGCCGACGUCGUCAAGGCUGAAUACGGAGCGUCGAUCACCAUUCCGUGUUCCUACACACCGCGAUCGUCCAGAAGUAACUUUCAACAAGUGUUGUGGAAAAGGGGUAUAAACCAUACCAUAUAUGUGGGCAGUUCUGACCAGAAUUCAACGAAAGUGAAGGAUAGGUAUAGCCUCUCCGUGGACUUCGUGUCGAGUGGGAACUUAACCAUAAACGACGUGGUCAUCGAUGACAAGGGAACAUACACUUGUGUGGUUGGUGUUCGUGGUUCUCUCGAGAAAUCGUCGCGCUCUUCUCUAGAAGUGACUGCAGCUCCUCGAGAGCUUCUCCUCCAAGGCCAAGCAGCAAACAAUCCCGUCGACAUCCACCAGAACGCCGUGACGCUCAAACCCGGUGUCGACGUCGAGUUCGAAUGCCAGGCCGUCAGAUCCAGACCGGCUGUGACAAUCAAAUGGUACGAAGAUGGUGCUCACGUUGAGCCUUUGUCGAGCCCGUCACCGAGUUCGGACGUAGUUGGAUUCCAGAACACGACAUCGUCAUUCGCCAUCCGUCGUCCUAGUCGGACGGAUCACGGCAAAUCAUUGGUAUGUCAGGCCGUGAUGAUAGACGGGAGAGUAGUUCGCAAUACAAGCAUUAUCAUCUAUGUUGAAGAACCUCCCGAUCAGCCAAUUGACAUCCAUGGACUUGCUGACGUUCUGACGUCAUCGACACACCAUGAACCGUUUUGUAUCGCUGGCGGCAGCUUCCCCUCCUCCGAGAUCACGUGGUCUCUCGAUGAGGAAAACGUGACCGACGCCGCCGAGGUGACGACCACGAAUAUGACGUCGGGAUACGUGAGGGUCAUCAGCGAGUUGAAUUACGUAACUAGAAGAGAGCAUUAUGGGAAGAUAUUGCGAUGCAGAGUUAGUCACGUGGCACUUGGGGAGGAUGUCGUUGCAGAGAAAGCUAUCUGUUUGAUUGAUACUGAAAUGAAUUUGUCAUCAGUGGAGGGGAAUCUUUCUAGCUCUCUCCUUCUUGAAGUAAGUGGCAUACCACAUUCGGCCUCGUGUUCUCUCAGUGCAUGUAACAUUGCACAAGAUGACAGCACCACGAGGGAUGGAUGCCCUGAAAGAUAUCUCGAUGACACGUACAGCGACUUCGCCGACCACGUGUAUGAAUUCAAUGAUCUCGUAGCUUCGACCACCUACGACGUAUCGCUUCGUUGCGUUCAUAGGUUGUGCGGUGAAAGCACGACCGAGACACGAGCUACCGUUCCGAGUCCUCCGGAUCGUCAUUUUGGCGGCGAAAAUAUUGACUCCGAAAAUGUAAACUUCGAAAAUAUGAACUCCAAAAACAAUGUUGAGCUGAAGUCGUCAACUGAGAAUGUAUGGCUUCGUGACCUCAUUUUCGUCAUCAUCGCCGUGAUCGUUGUCAGUGCUUUCGUGAUCGUAGUCACCGUCUCUAUCGUUCUCAGGGCUGUCGUUAAAGGAACAAUUCGAGCCGCCGGUGGCCAAGACAGCAAUCACGUGACACCAUCACCUGACCGAAUUGAAGAGGGGAACGAAGUUGAUCCUAAGAUCUAUCAGGAAAUCAAAGAAUUACGGUCCAGUCUCGUCAACCCCUCCGAUAUUAUCGUGUCCAUCAAGCCGAGUGAGGAGGAACGGAAGAGUCUUCGCGAGUCGAUGCGGUCGUCCAUGCGGUCGUCCAUGCGUCAUCCACGACCGCCACCUCUACCGCCGCUCACCAACCGCGUUCCGGUUGAUACCGCGGUCGUAUCUGAUUCGACCGAUACAGAGUCGGAUAAGGAGGAUUAUGUACCUAUGUCGCCCGACACGUAUAGCAUUGAUUCCGAGUAUAUGGUUAUGAGCAGCGUUGAUACCAACUAAUAUCAGGGUUUUUAAAGGCAAUAAUUAGUAUGAAAAUACAAUGAAAGUCAUUUGCUAAGGGGUAAUCUAUCAAGAAUUUAUAAGGCCUGUAUAUAGUCUCCUGCAUCAGAUGAUUUUAGAUGCAUUCAGAAAAUACAAUAUCAAACAUGGUAUGAUCCAAAUUGGAGACGGCUGCUUAUUUAAAAACAAUAAACUUGAAAGCGCACAGGGUUUGUAUGGUAAGACUAUACAAUCAUGAUCUAAAUGUGUCAUUCUGGUUAAGAAUUUUACGGCAAUUUGAGUCAUUUAGUGCUGAUAUUAAAGCUAUUCAGUAUGUAGGAUGACUGUAGUAUUUGAUAUUUUGAAAUUGAUUUUAAAUUUGAAUUUGAAUACGUAGACAUAUAUUUAAAGGUCAAGUCCACCCCAGGAAAAUACUGACUUG